UUUAAUUGCUAUUAUUGUUAUUAUUAUAAUGGGAAAUUAGUCUCAAAUAUUGCAGCUAAAGAUUUCCAUCAGUCAAAAUGGCUCAGGAGAAGGCUGUAGCCGCUGCAACCGGAAUAUUGGUAGAAGAAAUAGAAGAUAAGAUAUUGGCUGAAUUUCGAAAAACAGAAGAAAGAAUUAAAUUUACACUGAAGGAAGUACAUCAUUUCCUUCGUAAUAAACUAAUCAAGACUGUCGAUACCGAUUGGUUAAACGAGUUGAAAAAUGUAGAAAUGCGACUGAUGGACUUGCAAAGAGAAUACGAGCUGAGAUUAUCAGAGAAAUGCCAUAGAGCCAAUACGAAGAAGACAAUUAAAGAAUAUUCUAAAUAUCUACAAAGAACUCGUACAACUGGUCAAAAUUGAAAUUUUUGAAGAAGAAAUUGUAUUUUUUUAACAAAAAUUAUUUGAAUCUCGUAGCAAGA